GUUGGUUACAAGAUGAGGCAAGGGAGACAAAUUUGUGAACUCGCGCAAAGCGAGAGAACUCGGAACACACAAGCCUAUGCUCAAGAAUGAAAGAGUAAAAACAAAAAAAAAAAACAAACAAAAAAACAAGAACGAGAACUCUAGUCUACCAAGGGACGCAACCCUAAACCAUGUCAGUGCCUGAUAACUUCAUCACGCACAGCAACAUAGACGUGAUGGUUGCCCCCGCGGACUUCUACAAUCUAUCUUCCCCUCAGUUGUUUUUAAACCUGACCAACACGACCCUGGAGGGGCGGGACGAGGAUGUCGCAGUCGUAGAGGUGUUCGUCAGCGCGACGAUUCUAUUUUUAGCCAUCGUCGGAAACGGAUGCGUGGUGUUGUCCUUGGUGACCAAACGGAAGCAGAUGUCGCGCAUGCAUCUGAUGAUUCUCCACCUCUCGUUGGCGGAUUUGUUUGUGGCUUUUUUUAAUGUCUUGCCACAGUUAGCCUGGGACAUCACAGACAGAUUCCAGGGUGGUAGUUUCCUGUGUGUUUUCGUCAAGUAUAUGCAAGUGGUCGCAAUGUACGCCUCGUCUUACGUCUUGCUGGCCACUGCCGUGGACAGAUACUACGCCAUCUGCCACCCUUUCGCCAGCCAAUCCUGGACGGCCAGACACGCGCACACACUGGCCGUCAUAGCAUGGACGGCCUCGCUGUUGUUCAGCGUGCCCCAAGUGUUUAUCUUCUCAUACCGGCAAACCGAGACGAGUCCUGUGGUCUAUGAUUGCUGGGCCGAGUUUCAUCCUGAGUGGACAUUACAGGCUUACGUCACGUGGACGGCCACUUCCGUUUUUGUCGUGCCAACCUGUGUGUUGGGGGUCCUGUAUGGCAAGAUCACGUGGGUGGUGUGGAAGGCGGGGAAGUUGGAGGGGAACGUUGUUGUCAAGCCCUCGUCGACCUCCAGCGUCAUCAGGUCGCUCUGCACGAGGAAACCCAAGGUCACCGGCGCCGCCGUGACGUCAUGCGGUCACACCAAAUACCAGAACGGCUCCAAGCACAAAGCCAUACACCGAGACACGCCGGAGAAUAUGGAGCGGCUGCUGAACAACGGCGAUGCUGUGGGCUCCGAGGUAAAUGUCAGCGACCAGGGUCUCUUGGAAGGUGCAAAGGUCAACGACGUUCAGGGUUCCAGAAAAAGGCCACAAGAAACGAGGAGGGAUAGUGGGAUUAACGCCAAAAGAGUUUCAG